UGGGGAUAUGUUCAAGCUGGGGGAGUAAUAUACGGCGUUAAUAGAAGGGCGCAGAAAUUUCAGUGGGACUAAGCAGUAUGUCGGAUCUAUCCAGCCGGAUAAGAGAAUGAACAAUAUUCGUGCAGAUAAAGAAUAUUCUCUCUUAUCUUGAUAGCAGAGUCGUAGUGUUGUGUCUGUACCUGUCCUGGCAUCGCUCGAUUUGGCAAACGCUGCAAACGUCGGUGUUCAUGCGGACAACGACUGUGGGUUCUUACCCGACAACUCUGAACCAGAAUUUUCUUCUUCACUCUUAAGAAGACUCACCUCUUAUGGCAUAGAGCCCUGCAAGACACUGAAUAACUGUCGCAAACUCGCAAACCCCGUCGCGAUCACAUCGACCGCCACCGCAACUCGUCUCGUCCCGCAUCUCCGCCGUCAUACUUGCAGUUCGUCAUGGGUCGCCAAAUAUCCCACGGCCGAGGAGGCGCAGGAAACAUCUACUCCAGAGAACACAAAGAACAACCCAAAUCAAAGAAAGAUUUCGUGACCCCCACCAUCAAACAAGACGUCUACACCACCGGCCGCGGCGGAUCGGGGAAUAUGGUAUACAAUGACCCGGAGCGCCCGGAGAUUGCGCGCGAGAGUCAGGACGUCGAGACGCCGCCGCUGAGAGUUGAAGAGGCACCGCAUCAUACUGGUCGGGGUGGUGCCGCGAAUGCGUACGUCCCUACGGCAGACGAAGAGAAGUUGGUGCGUGAGCAGGAGGAGGAACAGUUGCGACGGGUUUACACGGCUUCGAGGGAUCGAUUGAAGGAUGUGCUCGAGUCGCAGGAGGAGAGGCAGUCGGAUGCUGCGUCGAAAUAAUCGGUCGAUUUUCGCAUUCAUUGAGACAUGUUUUGGUUUUCAUUUGUUCUUCUGAUGUGAUGGGUUUUCCCGGAUACAGAAUCAGACUCAUUGGGAUGGCGCUGGGGG